AUGGCGCUGGGCGUCCUUUGGGGCUUGACUGCCAUGGCCUUGUGCUUCGUUAUCCUGCGCCUGUGGACGCGGCUGGGUGUGCUCUCGGCGUACGGGAUGGAUGACCAUUUCUUCAACUUUUCAUUUGUCCUCUUCAUCGCCUACGAUGUCAUGAUCACGAUUGCAUCGUUCUACGGCUUCGGCAGGGAUAUUACGGAACUCGAGACAUCCUACGACAUCUCUCGCGCCAUCUUAUACGAAGCCAUCGGACAGACUAUCCUCGUCUUCGGCACCGUCGUCUCCAAGACGUCCCUUGCGUUGUUCCUACUCCGACUGGUAACUACCCGCCUACACCAGUUCAUCAUCCUCUUUCCGGUCAUCAUCCUCGGUAUCUUCGUGGUCGUGUCGCUAUGCGUUUUCUGGUUCUCGUGCACGCCGGUGGAAUUUCUCUGGGACCGACUUCUCCCAGGCGGCUCAUGUCCCAUCGAUCCGGGCCCGAUUGCAACGGCAGCCGGAAUCUGGAGCGUUGUGGUCGAUUUCUGGUAUGCGGUCACACCGUGGGCUCUGCUUUGGAACCUGCAGAUGCCCAAGAAGGAGAAGCUUCUCAUCAACAUGAGUAUGAGUCUGGGUAUCAUUGCUGGAGGUUGUGGCAUCCUGAGAGCCUUGGAGUUGAAGAACCUGAGCAGUGCGAACUUCACCAAGGAUACUGUUGGUCUGAUAGUCUGGCACGCGGCCGAGCUUGCCACAACUUUGGUGUGCAUCGGCAUUCCAGUCUGCCGCCCUCUGUUCAAGGAGUGGCUCAACCUUUGGACAUCCCGAAGCGGCAGCAAACGCACCGGUCCUUAUACCAGAGACAUGACUGGAUCUUUCAUGAUGAGAACGAUCGGGGGCACCGACUACACCGUCCGAAUCGGCCUCAAGACUCCAGAGCUGGAUUUGGGAGGCCGCAUCGGCGAACGAGGCGGAUACGAAACGAGCGGCACCGAAAGAUCAAACGGCAAAGACGAAUAUGGCGACAACAACAGCGUUGAAUCGAUUCUCGGUCCCGAGCUCAGGAGAGCUGCAACACGCGAGACACGAGACGGACAUAAUCGAGGAUGGUCGAACGGGUCAGGAAAGGGUGCAAAUCAUGAUAUCUGGGUCAAGUCUGAAGUUGUUGUCAAGUCCACAGUAAGAGAAUGA